UUAUAGCCCUAGUCCCCUCCACCUCCCCUACCAGUGGCGCUUUCACUGUGUUCCUACCUUGGAAGAAGGAAAGGGGACCCUUUCAAAAAGAAGUAGGGCUAAAUUGCAAGCUUUAGGUGGACCCUAUUCAAAUGGCUCAACAGACUAGCCUGAGAGCCCUGGGUCCCCCUGGGGAAGGGGAUGCUGCAGCAGACAGCCAAACCCAGCAGCCUGCCAGACCUCGGAGAGCUAGAUCCCGGAGAAGAAGGUGUAGACAGGCAGCUCCUGCAUCCCAAGGAGAAGAUAAACCUAAGACCUUUCAAGUUUACAAAUUUAGCAGUCAUUCCCCACCUGUAAGUGAUCACUGCAAUGGUGGAAGCUCUCGGAGUCCUGCGCUGCCUGAUGAUGGAGAUGUUAUGGGAAUGAUGGCUAGGGCUGCUGGAUACUGGGGGAGGCGAGAAACUCCUCAGUGUUGGGUCAGAGGCUGCACUUGUGCUUGUUCAAAGGCUGAAAGAGAAGAAGGCCAUCCUUCCAGGAGCCGUGUGCUGCCAUGUGAUCUAGACGAAGAUGACAGCUCCACCUCCAUGAUAAGAGAGGGAUUAUUUUCAGUGGCUGAAGAUGCUGAUGGCAGCACUGAGGACACUGGGACAGCCAGAUCUUGGGCUGGUGCUAGAAGUGAUGAUGGUCCCAGGAGCUUAGCAGAGGAGUAUUCACUGGUUCCCAUAAGCAGACGAAAGCAAUAUUCUGCCCAGACUUUUCAUGAUGCAGUAGAAAGAUUUUUGAGAGGGUUCUGAGCUUUGGCACAUCCAUUUUGAAUUUGGGAGCCAAAUCUGUGGAGAUGCAAAUGCCUGUCAUCAUGUGCACAGUUUAUUGUAAUACAGGUUGAAGCCUGCAGAAAAGCCAUGAAGGUUCAAACAGAGUAAAGCUCAGUAUAUUGCUCUUAGAUUGAUAGACAGCUAGAAAGUUAUUUGCAUUCCAGUUUUGUCUCCUUGAUAUGUGUUGCUGCCUUCUUCAGGAGCUUAAAAACCUUUAGUAAUCAUAAGGCAUUAAAAAUGGAAAAAUUACUUUGACUCUAAGCUAAUGUAAUGACUAUUUCUUUUGCAAUGUUAAGAGAGAGGCAAAAUGCAGCUUUUUUAUUAUUUCUCUGCAAUAGAGUCUCUAUUUAAUAGCUUCUUGAAGAUAUUUGAAAUUCAAAGCCUUUGUUUAUGCUAGAAUUUCUUUGCACUAAAUGCUUUAAUUUACCCUAUAGAGGCCUAGAGGGUUUGGUAUUUUUUUUGUGUGUGUUUUUUUUUCUUUAACUUGAUCUAAAUCUAAAAAUUGUAUUCUGCUGCAUAUAUUAGAUUAUUCAUAUAUAAGCAGUUAUGUAUGAUAAUGUGAGAUAGCUAGAGCACAACCUGCUUAAAAAGUCUCACACCCUUUAGCUGUUAACUUGUCACAUGAAUUAAAAAUAAAAAAAAU